AUGCAGAAGAAUCUCAAAUCGUCUACUUCUGUUCUUCAGUUUGAGAACAAAGGCAACCCUAUUAUGGCUAGAAAUGGAAAUUGCUUUCUAGUUAGGCACACCCCUCAUCCCAGAAGAGUCUGUCAUAUCAAAGGUUUGAAUAACAUUCCAAUCUGUACUGUGAAUGACGAUGAGACUCCACUCAGAACACUGUAUGGUGUUAGUCAGUUUUACCCCUUAGAGAAGGAUGAGAUACCACUUGCCAAAUGCAGUUACCCACCCAGUACUGCUGCCCCAGAAAGCCCUGUCAGAGGAAUGUCACCAGCCCUAAACAGUGUCAAAGUGCCCCCACGACCUCAUUCAGAGCCCUGCAGAAAACUCAAUGAGUGCUUCAAAACUUCCAGUGAAAAUCCCUUAAUAAUUAAAAAGGAAGAAAUUAAGGUUAAAAAGUCACCAUCACCACCAACUGCAUGCUCUACUGCUGGCUCCUGUUAUUCAGAGGCAAUGAGCACCAAGGCCGAUGUCAAAGAGAACACUGUUUGCAUACCAAACUAUCUGGAUCAAGAAAUAAAGAUCCUGGCAAAGCUCUGUGACAUUAUACGUACUGAUUCUCUAGCAGAAGUUACACAGUGGCUGCUUCGUGCAAGUACAAAAGAAAAAGAGUGGGUCUCAGCUUUGAUUCAUUCUGAACUGGCUGAGAUACCCUUAUUGACUCACCGAAGAAGAAACAGCACAGUGGAACCAGCAGCAGAGACUGGGAAGCCACUUUCAGUUAAAUCGCCCCCUAUGAUCAAAUCUCCCCCAAAUUCACCUGCAAAGUCAAAGGUGCCGACUGGAGCUAAGGAUGGAUAUCAAUCAACCAGAGCAUCAAGCCAAGAAUCUGAAGGAAAUAAGGAAGUAGCAAAAGGAGCUGAGCACAAGACCCCAUUGUUUAUAAGAAGAAACAACAUGAAAAUACCUGUUGCAGAAUAUUUCAGCAAACCAAAGUCUCCUUUCAGGUCUAAUACUCAGGAGAGUGGGUUAGCAAAACCAGUGUCAGCAAGGAGUAUACAAGGAUAUAAUCUUUGCCCUCAAAGCUCAUCUUAUCCGUUAUACCAAAGGUAG